AGUAGCUAUUAUAAACACAACACAGAACACAUGUGCUUACAAUGGCAUGGACCCCAGUAAAUCAGUAGAUACAAACAUCUAUAGAUUUAGGCCCAAACAGUCAUUAAAACAUGGAGUAAGUCAAGUGAACAGUUAACUGUCCCAUUAGACACACCUUGCUUGAUUUGACAAUGUUUGUGGAUUAAAUUCAUGUUAUUUCACUUUAUUCCAUGGAUCUAAGCAUGGCCCCCGUUUUUCUGUUUUUGUUACAAUUUUGGACUUCUCUGGUUAAUGGAGGGCCAGAGGACAUGUGGGAUGGCCUCAAUUUGAAAUUUGGAACACAUAAACCAUUACCAAGACGUAGAGAGGAGGCAGAGAGAGAAAACUAUAAAAGGCAAAACGAUAUAUGUAAAACUGAUAAUUAUCACGGCUUUCUGUACAGACUAGAAGACGACUCCAAGUUGUUACCUAUUUACGAUUUAAACGGCUAUCUGGCAGGAAUACAAGCCAUCAUCCAGUCAGACAUGAAAGGCUACAACUCCCUGAAUGAAACCAUAAUGUUACCACCUCAUGAAAUCAUGCCUCCGGUUUUAAUAGGAAAAUCCGACAUCCAAACAUAUACUAUCACAGCUUAUUUCAAACAUCCUCAGCACCUCUGCAGUCCGAUUCACCAUAGCAACGUGCCUGCAGGAAAGGGACUGUAUCUACAGACAGGAUACGACCCCAUCCGCAACUAUGAACAAAUUCCUAUGGAGGCAAAGAACCUCUCCUCAUUAUGGAAGAAAGCUAUCUGUUUACCAACAAUGGGUACCCAUUAUUUUUUCAAUGUGUCGCGUGACAUGCAGUGUGAGAGACUAUACCCCGUAUUUCUGAUGUACGAUAGCGAGGGGAAACUGGGAGCAUUUGGAUGGACCUUCCAAGGACAGCCAUACGAAGGCCCUAAUUCUAUCCUGGACUGGUAUCAACUCCAACCGAAAACUUUUUAUUUUAUAUUUGAUGUGAACCAGCUACCACCAUGCAUGCUCAACCCGAAUUUCCGCGUGUUUGGAAUUCACAUUUGGCUUCAGAGCCACAACAAGACAACCAUGCGGUGUACACCGUCAGCCACACCGGUGCCACAGAAAACCACCACCGUAACUUACGAGGAGAAACGACGGAACGGUGGUGAUAACCCUGGCGACAAAGUCAAUUUUGGCAAAAAUCCAGGAUCCAAUAUUAUCCAACCUCCUCAACCCAAAAAGAAUUCGGGGAUAAACUCUGCCACAAAAGACACAUGUAGCAUGUGCUUGUUUUUAUUUGUGUGUAUUUUACGGACAAUUUUAUCAAAUAUUAUUGCAUCAAAUGUAUAGCAUAAGUAUCUACAUUUAAUAUGAGUUUAUGUUUUAUUUUUCAAUCUAAGUUUUAAAAACAUAAAAUAAAACCCUGCUCAAUAUAAAAGUGUUACACAGAAUUUGCUAAAAAGCCUACCUGCUAGGGGUUGAAUCUGAUUUAUUAUCAGAAAACUUAACACGUAAUUCCACUGUCUAUGUACAGAAGUUUGCAUUCUAGAUCAUUAAACAAUAAGCAGUUUAUCUAAACAUAAAAGACUUUCUAUCAAAUCAUUUUUUUGAUGGAAUAAAUCAAAGCUGUAACUUUCAGGAGGAAAGUUAUCCUUGGAACUUGUCAGCUAUGUAGUUUCAUUAAAACUUAAUUUUAAACAAUUUUUGACUCCUUGUUUCUCAUAUUGAUAUUAUAUAUAAUAGAUAAAUUAUAUAAUAAAGUCUAAAAAGACAUGAAAUCUCCAUAAAAGUUGUGGCUGACUUAAAACCAAUAGGCAAGGUCUGAGUUUCUAUUAGUGUGACUGUCAACUCUGAAACUGGUUAAAAAUCAUACAGCUCAUAUAAACUGUACAUUUUACAAUACUUUAUGUUAAAUACAUUUGUGAGAGUUUUUUUUUCUUCUUUAUAACCUGUGUAACAUCUUAAUGUAUAUGAUGACAUGAGAAUAUCAUGAGUGACGAAGCUGUGAUAUUAGUUUGUAGAUUUUUCAUAGAACUGAGCUAAGGGGCAUAACCCUUAUCUUCUCAAACAGCACUGCUAGCUCUGCAAACACUUUUCAGCAAAUAUUUUGAAGUAGCUUUUUUAUUUCCAUUUUAAUUUUUUGUUUUAGGAAGUUUUAACUUCGAUAUAUUUUCUGGGGUACUGCACAUGUUUUAUCAUUUUUUUAAGGGGACAUUUUGAAGUAGGUACCCACACAUCAUCAUCAUAAAAUUACACUCAUACUUACCAUCAGUGGUGCUCUGUAUUGCAGCACAGUAUCUUCAUCUCCAAUGACUAUGUCUGAUUCUUCUUUAAUGUGUGUUGUUCUUUUCUAUAAUGUUCCUGUACAAUUGUAAACAUAUUCAAAAUUUCAAUUUGGUGCAUUUUUAGAUAAAGUUACACAUAAUCAUCAUAUGAUUUCAAACAAGAACAUUAUUUUACUUUAUGUGUCAUUCCCUUAUGUUUGAAUUCCCUAUUCCCCAUCUUUAUCUUCAUUCCAUGUCUCCCCUGUGUACACUACUUCUUCAGUAAUUUUUUUUUUCAUGUUAUUCAUAAAUGCAACAAUGAUUUUAUCAUCUAGGUGUGCUUAUUUUCACUUUCAAAUGCACCUCUCUGCAAAUUCCUAGAACCAGACUCAAGCCUUAUAUUUGUAUCUGUACAUAUAUUGUCUGUUUUUUGUGAGUGAGAUUUGUUGAUAUGUUAAUUAAUUUACAGAGAGAAUGUGUGUCCUUAUGUGAAAACAGUGAGGUUGUCAACUUGUCAUUAUAUGCUCAUGUACAACUAAAUGUUUAUAUGUUUUGUGAUAACAUUUUUGAAUCUCUUAUAGUGUAAAUGAGUGUGAAAUUCAUUGUAAAACGUUGGUGUGUGCGAUUUGUACUUUGAGUUUCUACCGAGUUGCGUGAGUUUACCAUGGACAGACAUUGUUGAUAUAAACUGAUGUGAUCAGAUUUAUCAAUAAUUACCUCUUUUUUUUAAUCAUCUGUAAAUUAAUUUUGAACUUGACUGGGUGUUUGAAAAGCUUACAAGAAGUCCUAAAAGUAUGUAAGGUUUUGUUCAUUUUAUCUUUAAAACAAAAAUUAUGAAAUAAAUUUAAUGCUAA